GGCCAUUUUGUUACAUAACACCCACAGCUUUACAGACGCUACACAUGAUUCUUAAUCAAACACAACAAAAAUUCUUCCAUUCAAAAGUCCACAAAACUGGUCAGAGAAACGGGCACGUGACCCGCCGGCUGGAAAGGCGACAAGGCUGCAGCGAGGUGACGGAACGUUGCGGCUUGCGAAGGGGAGGGGCACGCGAAAACAAGCUCGCGACAACAUUCCCGGUGUUGAAUGAGCACCUGCAGUCCUCUGGUGGUGUGCGCUCGCGCAGCAGGUAGGCUAGGCAAUAUCGACUCGAUCGAUACGAGUUUUUCAAGAAUGAGCGCGACGGCGACGAACUUCAGCUCCGUCAGCCCGCGAGCUGUCAAUCAGGAUUAACGGUCACUUUUAAAAAGUCCCUCGUGGCGGCGGUUGGAGCUGAGAGUCUCGCUAACCCCAGCGCGAGGCGACGCCGUCACUACGGGUGAUCUGUCCGCGCGCCGAAGAAACUCUCCAGUUAUUUAUACGUAAGUUUGCCAUUUCUCGUGGAAUGAGGCGCGUGAACGCACAGGACUAAAUAAAUAAAGAAGCGAGGACGCGCGUGCAAAGCGUCAGUACUAAAGGCGCACGAGGUCAAACUGGAAUAAAAGGGGGGGAAACCUAUUUUUUGUGGUGGGUCAAAAAAGAACCAAUAGGUUCUUCAGGAAGGAAGGGGUGACUGUGAAGGCACGCACGCACGUACCGCACCGCACGCGGCAACACUGAACCGGACCGGGCGGGACCGACAUGGACCCGAGGACGCUCUGCUCCGUGCUGCUCUUGCCUCUUCAGAUCUUGUGCUGCACCGUAAAAGCUGUCGUGCGCUUCUUCAUCUCGGGCAAACGCAGAGAUCUGUCCGGGGAUGUGGUGCUCAUUACAGGAGGAGGACGCGGCAUCGGUCGUCACCUGGCCCGAGAGUUCGCCAAGUGCGGGGCAAAGAAGCUGAUUCUGUGGGGCCGCACAGAGAAGUGCCUGAAGGACACGUGUGAGGAGAUAACGCUCAUGGGGACGGAGUGCCAUUACUUUAUAUGCGAUGUGGCCAACAGGGAGGAAGUGUAUAAGCAAGCCAAAGUGGUACGAGAAAAGGUAGGAGACAUCACUAUCCUGGUGAACAAUGCCGCAGUGGUGCAUGGGAAGAGUCUGAUGGAUAGCGAUGAUGACGCCCUGCUAAAGUCGCAGCAUAUCAACACGAUGGGGCAGUUCUGGACUACAAAAGCGUUCCUGCCUCGUAUGCUGGAGCUUCAGACGGGACACGUCGUCUGUGUCAACUCCAUCCUGUCCCUCUCACCCAUACCCGGCACCAUAGACUACUGCACAUCCAAGGCCUCGUCUCUGGCAUUCAUGGAGAGCCUGACCCUCGGCCUUUUGGACUGCCCCGGGGUGGGAUGCACCACCGUGCUCCCCUUCCACACCAACACCGAGAUGUUCCAGGGCAUGAGAUUGAGGUUCCCUAAACUCUUCCCACCGUUGAAACCAGAGUUAGUUGCACAGAGAACAGUGGAUGCCGUCAGAACCAACACAGCCUUCGUUUAUCUUCCAUGGUCCAUGAAUGCACUGGUUAUCCUCAAAAGCAUCUUACCCCAAAGCGCUCUGGAGGAAAUCCAAAGGUUCUCUGGAACUUACACGUGCAUGAACACUUUCAAAGGCCGGACAUAAGAACCACUACACCGCUAAGUUUGUCUGUGACCUUAAUUAAAAAUGGAGUGUGUAACACUUCCGUGUGCCAGACACAGCUGAUCAGAAACUCGGAAACAGCGGGAAAAAGUCAUGAUUCGAGGAGUCAGCUGUUUCUGCAGAGUUUUCUAGAGACUUUUAAUGGAGGAGAAAUAAAGAGAUGGCACAUUGCGGUCGGUGUUGUUCAGACUGCACGUCAGAUUUUGCUGGUUGAAAGACUGAACUGUUCAUCCAGCAAACAAAGUACAGCAUACAGACUCAUGAGAUUUUGGAUUUGUACUUAACCUACUCUUAUAAUAAAAUAAAAAAAACAGUCUAUUUUUAACAAACUGUCACUCAAAAUACAACAUUUGAAUAAAAUACAGUUUGGAGAUAAAAACACAUUUUUGGGGUGUUCUAGGAAAAAUGUCAGAUAUUCCUGAAGGGAUUUGAGCUUCACAUCGUUGCCAGUUUUGGGUGGACAUCUCCUUAACGAAUGUGACACCAUGGCAGCUUUUUUUCCCAGCUCAGGAAAUGAGCUCAGAGAGUGUGUGUGUGUGUGUGUGUGUGUGUGUGUGUGUGUGUGUGUGUGUGUGUGUGUGUGUGUGUGUGUGUGUGUGUGAGAGAGAGAGAGAGAUUGAGAGAGAGAGACUAUGUGUGUAGUCCUGUCAAUGUGAAUGUUAAAUAUCUCCACAGAAAGUGAGCAAAGGGAAACGUACCUUCGCAUACAAACCUGAUGGUUUGAUAUUGAUCUGCAGCAUGUGGUGCUGAUUUAUUAAGAUACCACAUGCUAGGUGAUUCGUUAUAUGAAUUACAUUACAUUAAAUGCGAAGCACAUCUAGACACGAAUCUAAAUUAGGUUUUGGCAUGUGCUAUUUGUUCUUGAUAGUCAUUAUGUGAGUCAUAAUUGCACAUCCACUCUUUACAUAACACAGAUUAAAGGCUGUGAGAUGCAUAAAAAAAACUACUAAAUACAAUAUCUAUGUUCUGUUCACAUUUAUAAAUGAAAACCUUUUUACCUUUUCACGGUCUUUUCAUACUUUUGGUAUUGGAGGUUUGAAUGUAUGGUGAAUAUCUCAUAUAAAGCCAACAAUGGCACCUUUUGAUCAUUUUGAGAUGCUGAGGCAUAAUUUUGCUACAU